GAAGAUAAGACUUAUGCUGAAUUUGUAGACAGAUAAACCAGUUAUUGUGUCAUUAUUUCAUUUUCAACAAAGAAUCUAAGAUUUUACGGUAUACAGUUUAAUAAUGUUUAAACAUCGGAUUGUAUUCCUCGUAUGUGUGACACUAGUAGUGGCUAAUGCAUCAUCAAUGGAAGAAAACCGUUCUCGUCGCCUGAUAUUUGACGCUGACAACAAUUUAACAAGCACAACGAGGCAACCAUUGUCAACACAAACAAGUACAACAUCGAAGCAGCCCUGGACAAAACCACCAGUUACAACAAUGUGUGCUGUAUGCUCAGGACCCAAGUUCCUAUGUGAGAAACUAUUUGCCCACACACCUUGCUCGCCGCCUAAUAAUUAUUGUAUCAACAAGAUAAUAAAUCACCUUGAUGGCACAAAGACGGUUGAAAGAAGCUGCGGAAACUUUUCUACAUGCUAUAGAGAGUGGUACCUUGGAUCAUCAGAUAGCGAUACAUGUAGAGCUUUUCAUGAAGACGACCCACUUUAUCUUGACUUCGAAUGUACUUACUGCUGUGUUUCAGACAACUGCAAUUUUCCACUCCAUCCUUCAGGUGACACGCUAUACAAGGAUGUCUAAUUUGUUGUAAAGCGUCAUAUUGUUACUUUAUCAAACACAACUAUAUUUC